UAGUCCAUAGUACUCACCUUAUUGCAGAGCUCUUUGCAUCUUCCACUGAAUUGGCCCUUGUUUCAACACCAAACCAGGACAAAAACACAAACACCUUCUGGGUGCAGUGCCAACACUUCAUUGUCCAAAGUGAACAACAAGAUUUACAUCAAAGUUUGAAACUCUCUUGUCUUAGCAGCAAGAUUUGUUUGAGAGUUUGAGACUUUUCAGGCAACAAUUGUUAUUGGUAUGCAAAUCUCGCCUCUUCGUGUAAUUGGGUUCCAUUGGAUAAUUAGUAAUGGUCAGUAGAUCAUCGACUAGAUUCUUGAAUAUUUGUAUAGCUUCUUUUUGCAAAGCCAAGCAUUUACAAAGAGCUGAAACUGUGAUUAUUGAUGGUGUAAGACUAGGUGUUUUGCCUGAUGUUGUUACUUACAAUACAUUGAUCAAUGCUUACUCUCGUUUUGUUAGUUUUGAUGCUGCUUAUUCAGUACUUGAUAGAAUGAAAGAAGCCAGUAUAAAACCUGAUAUAGUUACUUACAAUUCUUUGAUUGCUGGUGCCAUGAGGCAUUGUUUGUUGUCGAAUUGUAUGGAUUUGUUUGAAGAAAUGCUUGAGUUGGGGAUAAAACCUGAUAUUUGGAGUUAUAAUACUUUGAUGCAUUGUUUUUUUAAGCUAGAAAGACCUGAUGACGCAUAUCGGGUAUUUACGGAUAUUAUACUUUGUUAUUUAUCACCUUCUCAAGCUACGUAUAAUACUAUGCUUAAUGGGCUUUGCAAGUGUGGUUUUGUGGAGAAUGCGCUCAUGUUGUUUAGGAAAUUAAAGAGACAUGGGUUUGUUCCUUCAUUGGUUACUUAUAAUAUUCUUAUUAAUGGGUUGUGUAAAGCUUGGAAAUUGAAGACAGCUAGGUGGAUGCUCAAGGAGCUUGGUGCAUCUGGACUUGUUCCAAAUGUUAUAACGUAUACUACAGUCAUGAGGUGUUGCUUUAGAUCUAGGAGGUUUGAACAAGGGCUUGAGAUAUUUGAAGAGAUGAUUGAUAAGGGAUAUACCUUUGACGGUUUUGCAUAUUGCACAGUUGUUGGUGCUUUGGUCAAGACUUGUAGGAUUGAAGAAGCAAGUCAUUAUAUGGAGCGGAUGGUGAACACUGACAUUGGUCUUGAUAUGGCAUCUUAUAAUACACUCAUUAAUUUGUAUUGUAAAGGUGGUAAGUUGGAAAUGGCACAUGGAGUACUUGAUAAAAUGGAAAAGGAAGGUUUUGAACGUGAUGAGUAUACAAACACGAUUCUGAUGAAUGGGUUGUGUGAGGAAGGUGAUGUUGAGGGGGCCAUGGAGUAUAUGAAUGUAGCGGGUUUCAAUUCAAACUUGGUUGCUUUAAACACCAUGGUUGAUAGGUGGUGUAAAGCUGAUCAGAUUGAUUAUGCUUUUAAAAUCUUUGAUUCAAUGGAUAUGAGGGAUUCUUUUACCUACUCCUCCUUGAUUCACAAUCUUUGCAAGGUUGGAAGGUUCCGUUGUGCAUCCAAGCUCUUGCUCUCUUGUGUAAGAAGUCGCACGAGAAUACUCCCAUCUGCUAAGCGUGCAGUUUUUGAUUGUCUUCGUCAUUCUGGUCAUCAAAGAGAAGCAAAGAGACUUAAAUCAGAAAUUAAAUUGGCUCUUUCCGCAGUUGUUUAGGUUCACUAUGGAGUUGGAACAUUUUUCUGGGGAAACUCAUUCAAUUUAUUGGUCAUUUACAAGGUGAAACUCUUUAUAUGUCAAUGAUGGUAUUGUUGGACUUCUUUUGAGUUCAAGUUUAAUGAUAAACUUGAUUGUAUGCUCUAUCUGUAUGUUGAAAAAACUCGUUUUUUUUUUUUUUUUGCAUAUAUUGUUGGGAACCAGUCUAAAGGAACUGUACCAUAUCAACUGCUCCCAAGUGAAUGUUAUUUUAAUGUAACUAAUGCAGUGAUUUCCUUGCAGAACAAAAUAUGUUCAUCUUUUUCGGAAACUUCAAAUUUUUCUUGGAAUUUUUGUCAUUUUUUAUAAGUCAUUUAGGCUUGAAACUUGCACAGGCCUAUAUUACUUGUUUUUAAUUUUAUUAAUUAGAAUAGAGGUGGUGAGAUUUAAAUUCAUGACCACUGGGUCAACAAGGGUUUUAUACCAUGUCAAAAAAUCAAUUCAACGAAAUAACUUAAGUUGUUAGUUGAGGUCUUAAUAUAUGAUUUAUAUUAUUCUCUAACAUAUACAAAAAAAAUUUCCAUUUGCUCAUUCAGUGUAAUUAUUUCUGAAAUUUCAGAACACUCUAAACAGUCCACGAUUACUUGUGGCAAAAUUAUGCUCAACAUGCAUGCUGUGUCUUUUUAUUUUUUAUUUUUUUGGUGUAGCAUUUGAUAAUCUGUCCGUGUGCUUUCAUUGUGAGCUGUUGUUUUUUUGGAUUAAGAAGUUACAGACCACAGGGUUCAAAGUUUUAGGAUUCAAGUAUGGUUAGAGUGAACUUCCAUGACAAGGAUGAAAAUUGAUAGAGAAUCAGCUCUGUAUUUAAUGGCAACAAUCAUCGAGGUUUUCUCAUUUUAAUGGUGCUAAAUAUAAAGAAUAAAGAAACACGUGGUAAUUAAGACUCCUAUUAUUGUAUGAGUAUAUGGUUGAGGCUUAGGGAACUUCUGAUGAAUGUACAGUAUUCAGGAAACGACAACUCUCAGAGAAUGUAAACAAGGAAAGAUUACUAUCUGGGACCUGUCUAAGAAGUGUUGUCUAAUAUCACCUCUAUAGUCUUAUAUCACCAUGCAGUAGUUCAAACUUCAAAGAUGACUUCCUCCUUUGUCACUGAUCUACUUUUUCAUAGAUGGAACUCUUGUGGAAUUUUAGAUCAGCCAAUUUGCUUGCUAACUAAACUAGCCUGCAUACAAAGAUACAUUUACAUCCGUGCUUCUCAAUUUACUAGUUUCUUUGACAUCAUGUACCCGGGUUAUUCACUGAAUAAUGCUUGAUUACAUUUGUGUUUAUCUUCCUAAUUUCUCAUGUCCUAUGAAUGAUUUUAUAAUAUCUCGAGCUGCUUGGUG